ACUCAGUUGAGAGGGAAUCGCGUUCACAAACCGUGCACGAAGCAAAGUCAGAAUCACGCGUGUUGCGAGUAUAGCAUAUCGAAAUUAUCAAGGAACGUGUUAUAAACAACCAGUGUCAAUUUGUUCCGUGUUAAACCGAGUGUCAUAACGCAGUAUGAUCUGUGAAUGGACGUGGUAUAUCAUGUUAAAGCUUUUUGGAUAAAUGAGUGAGCAGAUAAUUAUUGCAACAACGGUUAGAUGGAAUAAUAUGAGCUGUUGUGUUUUGAACAAAGGUAGGUUAAUGCGGGACUGCUACCAAUUAUGCGAUGUAAUGUGUAUACACGGCAAGAAAUGCAAUAAUGACGACGAGCGAAAGAGUGAGAGGACAGCGGUUACCGGUCUAAAGUAAGCGCAUUUCAUCAGACGUACAUCCAUCAAUAACGCUCAUGAAACGCGUUCAGAUUGGUACGCGGCUGUGAUAUGUAAACGCUAGGCUGGUUCUAACGUUAACUACACUCGUUUGGUAUUUACUUCACGUAGAUUUUUGUUUCAAUUAUCGAUGUGCUAUUAUCAAGUUGAAGAACAUAUGGAAUUUACACCACAAUACCACAACAAUGUAAUAUUAGUAGGCCUGUCUUACAGUUAAUUUCAAUGGAACAUCUAAACUCAAGUUUUUGACAAUCAAAUAAAACAAUCUGCUUUUUAUAUGUAAAAUACAUACAUAUAUAUAUAUAUAUAUAGGCCUAUAUAUAUUUAUUUUUUAUCAUCGUCAAAGACUAAAAGCAACGUCAAUAAUGUCUUCGUAUAAGUAUAAUGGCACUAAAGAUCCUCAAAACGACGAUGUCCCAUCUUACCAAAUAAUAUUACCAGCUAUUGCGGUGACCAUAGUAAUAAUCGCUAUAAUAUUUGGAAACUCAUUGGUCUGCAUUGCUAUCUGGAAGGUUCGUUCAUUGAAAAGCAUUCAGAACUGGUUUUUAUUCUCCCUUGCAGUCAGUGAUCUAAUGGUGGGAGUCCUAAUCAUGCCAUUUGGUAUUGUCAAUAAGCUUCUUGGUUACUGGUUAUUUGGUAGCUUAUGGUGCCAAAUAUGGAAAUGCCUGGACGUCAACGCGUGUUCAGCUUCAAUUUUAAAUCUUUGCUUAAUCAGCGUUGACCGCUACUUUUCAAUCAUCAAAGCAGUGAAGUACAAUCACUGGAGAAAUGCGUUCCGAGCAAAAGUUAUGAUCGCAUCUGUGUGGAUACUAUCUGCGUUAAUUUCAUUACCACCUCUGUUCGGAUGGCAAGGAGACAACGAUGGUGGUGAAAGAAUAUGCUCGUUGAGUGACAAUAACGCCUACAUUAUCUACUCUACUAUGUGUUCAUUUUUCAUACCUGCGUUUAUCAUGGUUUACAUAUAUAUUCGUAUCUGGUUUGCUGCUAAGAAACACGCCAGAACAUCAAUUCGAAAGUCAUCAGAGAAAGUAAAGAAGAAGAAAAAGGGGAAGUACGAAUUGACAACUAAUGUAGACAACACUUGUGUCGAAAACUUGGAGCCAAGUGGUGGCUCAGAUGAAGCCGAACCUCCUUCAUCACCUCAGGAGUCUUCGCAAAAUGACAAUGAGAAGGACAGUGGCCAGAAACAACCAGACUCCUCUCCCAAAUGGGAAUGGCACAAGCAUGAAGAAGAAACCCCCGUCCUGAACAAUGCAAAUAAACAGAAAGAGACUAAGGCUAUUGGUGACGAUAAAACUGCCCUAGUUGUGACAAAGGAUAAAAACGGUGUAGCAAGAGAAAACGGCAAACUCCUCGCUAAAGAGACAGAAAAUGAGCGUCAAAAGAGGAAGCUAGCGCAGGCAAGAGAACGGCGAGCUACACUUGUUUUAGGAAUAAUAAUGGGUGGUUUUAUUUUAUCUUGGUAUCCAUUCUUCCAACUAUACUUCAUCACGGCCAUUUGUGAUAAAUGUCGGUUUCCGGAUUUGCUAUUCUUAUUUUUCGAGUGGAUCGGUUACUGUAACAGUGCAAUAAAUCCGCUUAUUUAUACAUUUUUUAACCGUGACUUUCGAAAGGCUUUUAAGAAAUUGCUUGGCUGUGGCCGUUGAUUUUUCCACCGCUGUUUAUCAUAUAUAUAUAUAUAUAUA